UAAUUAAUUAAUAUAUAUAUAUAUUUAUCUGAUUCAAAGGCCGAUUAAUAAUAGAACGAUUCAGAUAGAUUCGAUUAUAAAAUAUCGAUAACUAACGAUAUCAAAUAGCAGAAUUAUAGCAGAAUUGCACUAUAGUUGCGUGUUGCGUUACGAGUUACGAAUUGUUUAAUACUUAUAUGUUAAAAGGAUGAAAUAAUAUUUAUGACAGACAGAUUUUUAAUAUUUAAUAACAAUGUAUUAUUUUAGACAUAAAAAAUUGGUUAUGACCUUCAAUAUAGUAAGAAAUAUGGCCACCCUUAGAAGAUUUUAUCGAAAAACAAAUAUAUUAUUGUGCGAUGGAAAAUUUGAAAUUACACUUGAUCAAAGGAAGCUCAAAACACCACAAGGAAAGAUAUUACAAGUGGAAAGUAAACCUUUAGCUUUAGCUAUAGCAACAGAAUGGGAUAUGCAGAAAGACAUUAUUGAUAGAAGUAGUAUGCAUCUAACAGCCCUGUGUAAUACUGUAAUAGAUAAUCCUAACAAUCAUACAAAGCAAGAUAUGGCAAAUUACAUCGUGAAUUGUCUGGAAAUGGAUACAGUACUAUUUCACUCAUACGAAAAUGAAGAAUUAUACAAAAUACAAACUGAAAAUUGGGAUCCACUAGUACAAUGGUUUUGUGACAAAUAUGGGGUGAAUUUGGUUAAAACUCAGAGUAUAGAAGCUCCUACUGUAUCUUCAGAAACUAAAACAGUAUUGACAAGACACUUAAUGUCCUACAAUUAUAGUGCAGUUUAUGGUUUUAUGUAUGGAGUGGAUGCAAUCAAAUCUGUAAUCCUUACCCUAGCUGCAGCAGAAAGAAUAAUUAGUAUAGAGGAAGCAGUAAGGCAAUCCCGCUUGGAGGAAAAUUAUCAAAUUUCUCAUUGGGGUUCUGUAGAAUGGUUCCAUGAUCAAAAUAAAUAUGACUUACAAGCUCGUUUAGCUGCAGCUAUCUUAUUUGUGCAUUUGAACUCUUAUUCUGUGUCAUGUCAACCAAAAAUAGAUAAUAAGAAUGUUGAUUAAUUUAUAAAGAUUAAUUGAAUAAAUUUUGUACAAAACUUGUA